AUGAUGGUGUCCAGUUCGGCCGCUUUCCUCACCGGCGUUCUCGCCCUCAUUUCACCCCUCACGGUCAACGGCUUUGUCCUCCCCACCUCGGAUACCAUUCAGGCUUUCCUAGGACAAGCAGAAAGCUCGGUUCCCAGCCAAAGUGCUGUGUCUGCUGAAGAUGAAGGCAUUCUUACCCGCCCAUCGUGGUUCACCUCGACUUUGAUGGCCCGCCGCCUUCUCGCGUUGGCUCCCUCUGGCGUCAUCACCACCAACUUCCCCCACUCGAUCCCUCCCUCCGCACAUGCUCCCUCCGACCUUGCUGGUCUGUCUAUUGGACUUCGCGAAUAUAUCGCCGACUGUGAGGGCUCCCUGCCCCCCCAUCUGUCGCACGACGACAGCGGUGAUCCAACGGUCCUUGGGCUCCGUAUUGGAACGACAUUCAGGAAUAUCGCUGCAGGGUCGAACCUCAGUCUUCAGCUAGACUGGUGGGAUCACCUUGAUGAUGCAGGCCCUGUUUAUCCCGGUCUGCCCUUGAGCCCUGCUGCUCUGCCUCGCGUUACCCUCUUUGGAUAUCUGGAUAUCCUCCCGGCCCCCCUUCCCGAUGACGCAGCCGCCGCCCUUGAGAAAUGUUUCUUGGAGCCUCAUCCUGAUGCUAAGGUCUGGCUUCCUGGUGCUUCUUAUUCACCUCAUGCCAGUUUCUGGGCGCGGUUGGUUGUGACCCAUGUAUAUUGGAUCGGUGGCUUCGGGGACGUGCAGCAGAUUGGGUGGAUGAAUGUUACAGAGUGGAAGGGGAUCCGACCACAUGGCAGUGUAGAGGGCGUAGGCGACGGUCGAGGAUGGCAAGAUGUGCGCUUGCCAGGAGAGAAGCACUGA